CAAGAGUUUCAUUUCCACCAGGAAACCUUUCACACAGCAAAGCCAUGGUCUGUCACUAAUAAAAAAUACUUGAGAAGGCUGGUUAAUACGGUGCAGCAGCUUCUGAGAGGGAGGUGUGGCAGGUUUUCUUUUUUCAGCCAUGGAAAACACCUGUUACAGCUUCCAGGUGCCUGGGCCCAGAGUUAUCUCCAUCCCCAUGAACUUCUGUUCUGAUGCAGCCGAUGGUCAGGCAGGAAUGGCCCUACGCUCUCCCACGAUGUCAUGAGUGGCACGCAGCAGACCUGUCAGAUCACAGCAGCACUGCUCACCCACAGUCUCAGGUUAAAGCUGUUCAAGAUGGUGCAGGACUGCCCAGCAUAACCCAGCAGACUCCACAGAGCGUUGUCAAGCUCCAGACUGCUCUGGAGAUGAAUCUGUGCUGGAACGAGAUCAAAAAGAAAUCCCACAGCCUUCGGGCUCGUCUAGAGGCCUUUUCAGACCACAGCGGGAAGCUGCAGCUCCCCCUGCAGGAGAUCAUCGACUGGCUCAGUCAGAAGGAUGAGGAGCUGUCAGCUCAGCUGCCACUCCGAGGAGAUGUACUCCUGGUGCAGCAGGAGAAAGAGACUCACGCAGCUUUCAUGGAAGAGGUGAAGUCUCGGGGUCCCUAUAUUUAUUCAGUCCUGGAGUCAGCACAGGCCUUCCUUUCCCAGCAUCCGUUUGAAGAAUUAGAGGAACCAAAUUCUGAAAGCAAAGAUGUCUCACCCCGGCAUCGGAUCCAGAACAUCAGCCGCUUUGUGUGGAAGCAGGCAAAUGUGGCUAGUGAGCUGUGGGAGAAGCUCACUGCUCGCUGUGUGGACCAGCACCGUCACAUUGAACGGACCCUGGAACAACUGCUGGAGAUCAAGGGGGCCAUGGAGGAACUUAGCACCACACUGGACCAGGCAGAAAGUGUGCGGGAAACCUGGGAACCGAUUGGGGACCUCUUCAUUGAUUCCUUACCAGACCACAUCCAAGCAACCAAGCUGUUUAAGGAAGAGCUCUCCCCUAUGAAGGAUGGAGUGAAGCUAGUUAAUGACCUUGCACACCAGCUUGCUAUCUCUGAUGUUCAUCUAUCCAUGGAGAACUCUCGAGCCUUGGAGCAGAUCAACACCCGGUGGAAACAGCUUCAGACCUCUGUAAAUGAACGGCUGAAACAGCUCCAGGAUGCCCACCGGGACUUUGGACCAGGCUCCCAGCACUUCCUCUCCUCCUCUGUCCAGAUCCCCUGGGAACGAGCAAUUUCACCCAACAAAGUGCCGUACUAUAUCAACCAUCAGGCUCAGACAACGUGCUGGGACCACCCCAAGAUGACAGAGUUGUACCAGACACUGGCUGAUUUGAACAACUUCAAGUUCUCUGCAUAUCGGACGGCCAUGAAGCUGCGCCGUGUCCAGAAGGCUCUGAGAUUGGACAUGGUGACUUUGGCCACAGCCUUGGAAAUCUUCAAUGAGCAUGAGCUGCAGCCCAGCGACCGGGUAAUGGACGUGGUUGAGGUCAUCCACUGCCUGACAGCUCUCUACGAGCGUCUGGAGGAAGAGAGGGGCAUCCUGGUCAAUGUUCCACUCUGCGUGGACAUGAGUCUCAACUGGCUUCUCAAUGUAUUCGAUAGUGGUCGCAGUGGGAAGAUGCGAGCUCUCUCCUUCAAGACUGGCGUUGCAUGUAUGUGUGGCACGGAGGUGAAGGAGAAAUUCCAGUACCUCUUUAGCCAGGUGGCAAACCCUGGUGGCUUGUGUGACCAGCGGCACCUUGGCAUCCUGCUGCAUGAGGCCAUCCAGGUUCCCCGCCAGCUGGGAGAGGUGGCAGCGUUUGGAGGCAGCAAUGUGGAGCCUAGUGUCCGCAGCUGCUUCCGCUUUAGUAAUGGGAAACCUGUGAUAGAGGUCUCCCAGUUCCUGGAAUGGGCCAACCUGGAGCCACAGUCCAUGGUAUGGCUGGCUGUCCUGCACAGAGUGACCAUUGCUGAACAAGUGAAGCACCAGACCAAAUGUUCUGUCUGCAGGCAGUGUCCUAUCAAAGGCUUCAGAUAUCGAAGCCUGAAGCAGUUCAAUGUAGACAUCUGUCAGACCUGCUUCCUGACAGGGCGAGCCAGCAAAGGGAAUAAGCUGCACUAUCCCAUCAUGGAGUACUAUACGCCGACUACGUCUAGUGAGAACAUGAGAGACUUUGCUACAACCCUAAAAAACAAGUUCCGGUCGAAGCAGUACUUCAGCAAGCACCCGCAGAGGGGAUACCUGCCUGUCCAGUCUGUGCUUGAAGCUGACUUCUCAGAGACACCAGCCUCCUCCCCGAUGCUACCACAUGCUGAUACCCACUCCCGGAUUGAGCACUUUGCCAGCAGGCUCGCAGAGAUGGAAAGUCAGAACUGUUCCUUCUUUAAUGACAGCUUGUCCCCAGAUGAUAGCCUGGAUGAGGAUCAGUACCUGUUGCGCCACUCCAGUCCAAUCACAGACCGAGAACCAGUGGGCAGCCAGCAGGCCAAGGACAGUGUCAACACCAAUGAUAAGGGGGAGCUGGAGAGAAUCCUGGCCCAUUUAGAGGAUGAAAACAGGAUCCUUCAAGGAGAGCUGAGGCGUUUGAAAUGGCAGCACGAAGAAGCAGCAGAGUCUCCAACCCUGGCAGAGGGAUCUCCUGAAUCAGUCCAAGAUCCACACAGUGACGAGCUCCUGGCUGAGGCAAGGAUCCUUCGGCAGCACAAGAGCCGUUUGGAGACCAGAAUGCAGAUCCUGGAGGAUCACAACAAGCAGCUGGAGUCCCAGCUGCACCGCCUGAGGGAGCUGCUACUGCAGCCGCCAGCAGAGUCAGAUGGCAAUGGCUCUGCGGCCUCCUCUUUGGCUUCCUCUCCCCACCAGUCAGAGAGCAGUCAGCCCAAGGAGCACAACACCCCUGACACUGAGGCUGCAGAUGAGGUAGAGCCCAAGACACAGGAUGUCAGUGUGUGUUUGGAGGACAUCAUGGAGAAACUAAGAAAUGCUUUCCCCAAUUCUCGAGAUAUGACCUCCCUUAUCUAACAUCUCCCACGAGUAAGAGGCUUUGUCUAACCAGCUGCUUGGCUGCUCUCCUCUCCCUACUCAUGCCAUUGUGCUCCCCUGUGGCAGGCUUCACUUGGACCCUCCUUAGGGCACCCCAUUGGAAGGUCAUCCAUGAUGCUCACCAACUUCAGAAGAUCUCAGGGGAAUACUCAUUGACCACAUGGGAAUGUGACUGCAGGCUCUUUGGAGCUGUCCUGAGGGUCAGCCAGCCCUGACCUAAUGCUCUGGGGGCUGGAUUUAAGGAACUCUCUAAAGGAGGCAGAGAAAAGCAGGGACUGAAUGCAACACUAAGAUGGUGCUGAGCAUGAUGUAUAGGCUCCUUCUGUUUAUUGGUCACAAACUCUCACCCUGCUUGUGAGUCAGGAAAGGAUGAUGCCUGUAGCAGAUGACAAAGCCCAGCCCUGCCUCACCUUCUUCAGCUAAGUGGGUCUGCUUCCAGUUCCAGUGGGGUACCAGUCUCCAGACACUCCCACAGCCACUGAACACUCAUUGACCACAAAGGAUCUUUUUUUAAAACUUAGUUUUUAACCGUGCAAGGCUGCCAGUCUCAGGAACUGAGCUCUCUCCAAUGGCCUGGUACCCCAGUGUCUCCCACUACUUUCAGAGGUACCACCCCAAUAGGAACAGCACUGGGGAGAACAGGGGGGUGGGUGGGAGGAGUCAAUAUUACAGCUUCAGCCCAGCUAAGUAGCCUUAUCUCAAGAGAAGCUUUAUAAC